AUGGGAGACACCGACCCUGAGACGGUAAACAUUCUACACGCAGCUUUUGACCUCGAAUACAAUUCAGGCCCAGACCCGCGGACCGAAUCGCACCUAAGAGAACCGCAUCCCGUUCGCAACAAAGCCUACGCCCUCAAAAGCUCUCUCCAUACCAUAGGGGCUCAGCUCGCAUGCCAUCUCACAGACGGCUCCUUCGCCCACGAACUCCCAAGUUGCGAACCCUCCAACCCCCUCCCCACCGCUUACCGCUUUUCCCACUGGCGCACCGCCCGCGUCUAUACCAUCCACUGGUCCCUCACCAUCAUCCUCAACAAAACCCUCCUAAAGCUGCUCCCAACCUACGAGCCCUCCCGCUACGCCCUAGAAGCCGAAUGCAGCACUAUCGCGCUGGAAAUCUGCAAGACGUGGGAAAACGCGUGGACGAACAGGCCGAUUGGCGCGUGCCACGUGUGGCUGGGAUUUGUGAUGGCGUAUGAGUUUUGUGGCGACGAGGUGCAGAGCUGGAUUCUUGGGGCUUUGAACAGGUUAUUGGAGGACCAAGGGGUGGGGAGUGGAGGUGGACGGAGGAGGUGGUGGGGUGAUGUGUAA